AUGGCUGCUCGCACUGGCUGUGUGAUUAGGGACUAUCGGGGACACUCACUUGGGGGUGAAUCUAGAUCCUGUAUUUUAUCCUCCCCUAAAGAGACGGAAGCAUUGGUAGUUCUUAUGGGACUUAAUUUAGCUGCGAAGUUGGAUCACCAAAAUAUUGUGGUUGAAUGUGAUGCGAAGAUCGUUGUGGAUUGCAUUACAAAGAAAAGAACAAUGGCUAGCUGGAAGAUUUUCCCUAUCCUCACGGCGAUUUGGAGAAAGGCUCAAGAAUUCCAGUAUGUCCAAUGGAACUGGGUGCCAAGAUUGGCAAAUCAAGCUGCCCAUGCUGCAGCAAAGGUGUCAAACGCGAGGGUGGGUAAUGUUGUGAAAUUAUUGCAAGCGCACAAUUCGUACAAGUAA